AUGAGGUUUCUUCUCAGACGAGAGCCAAAAAGACAAGCGCUAGAAGUCUCUUCAGCUGCCAACAGUUGUGGAAAGAGCUUCACGCAGAAAGUAAGCCUCACGUUUCAUAGGAAAGUUCACACCGGAGAGACCCCAUACUCCUGCCAACAGUGUGGAAACCGCUUCACUGAGAAACGAAGCCUUGAAAUCCACCUGAGGAUUCACAGCGGAGAGAAGCCCUACUCCUGCAGAGCGUGUGGGAGACGCUUCAUCCGAAGAGAAGACCUGAAGAGCCACAGCAGAGUUCACAGCGGAGAGAAGCCUCACACCUGCCCUCAGUGUGGAAAGAGCUUCACGCAGAAAGGAAACCUGUCGACUCACAUGAGAAUCCACACCGGGGAGAAACCAUUCGUUUGUGUUCAGUGUGGCAGCAGCUUCAGAAGUAAAGCCAACUUCAACUGCCACAUGAAGAAACACUCGUGA